AUGUACGAUAGGAUCAUAUUAGGUAUUAAUGCACAGGAUGCAGUAAAAGUACUAGGUGCUGAAGCAACACAUGAGGAACUGAAGACUCUGGGAGCUUUCCAGUAUAUGCGCAGUAACGUGUACGUCCACUGUGAUGAAAGUUUGAUGCCACAUAAUUCCUCCGCAUGGAGCGCUAGGAACUUCUUGGGGACAACAAGCAGUGGUGUCUGUGUUACCUCCUGGCUAAAUAUACUUCAGAACAUUGAAUCUGCCGGGCCUUUACUUGUGACACUGAACCCUCCUCGUGUUCCCAAUCAUGUAUUGCUUAAAUGGCAUACCAAACACCCAAUUUCUUCCAUUGCAGCUGCAAAGGCUAACCAUGAGCUCAAGAACAUCCAAGGAAAGAGGGGAAUUUGGUUCUGUGGCACAUGUCAAGGCUACGGAUACCAUGAGGACAGUGUUAAGGCUGGGAAAGCAGCAGCUUCAGGAUUGCUUGGAAUGAAAUGUGACCUUUUGGUUAACCCAAAACCGAUGGUCCCAUCAUGGACUGAGGCUGGCGCACGUUAUUUGGUAGCAAGAAAUUUAGACCAAUACACAUCUAUUGGUAACUGCUGCAUGCUCGAGGAAGGAGGCACUACGUUUAGCUUUGGUAAAGCAUGUGAGAAAUGCGAUAUAAAAUCUGUGAUACGAGUUCAUGAUCGCCAGUUCUAUUGGAAGGCCGCAACAGAAGGAGACCUUGGUUUUGCAUCUGCCUACAUCCAUGGCUAUAUCUCAUUUGUUGAUCACCGGAAUGGCCUUGUGAACCUUGUACGGAUUAUAUUGGCUACUAGAUGUGAACGCAAGAGGUUAUACAGCACUAAUAAGACAAGCGGUUAUACAAUUAAGGCCUGGUGGGCACCGUUGCUUGGAAUUAGUGGAGUUGGAUUUGCAAAAUAUUUUCUGCGUCAUGCCUGGCGGAAGAAUAGUGUAUCCAAAGCUCCUAAAAAUAUAUCUGAACACUAUGAUCUGGCGGAGGACGAGAGCUUAGAAGCAGCCCAGCUACGUACGCUUGACAGUCUCAUCAAUAAGGCUAAGGUGGAGUCAGGUCAUCAUGUUCUUGACAUUGGUUGUGGUUGGGGCACUUUAGCAAUACGGUUUGUGAAGAAAACUGGUUACAAGUUCACAGGAAUUACAUUAUCCGAGGAGCAACUGAAAUACGCCAAGAGAAAGGUGAAAGAAUCUGGAUUAGAGGACCGCAUAACUCUCCUGCUUUGUGAUUACCGUCAAAUACCGAAUGGCCAAAAGUUUGAUAGGAUUAUAAGUUGUGAGAUGCUUCAACACGUUGGCCAUGAGUACUACGAAGAUUUUUUUGCCUCCUGCGAGUAUCAUUUGGCAGAACACGGCAUAUUUGUCCUCCAGACCAUUGCGCUCGUAGAGGAAAUGUAUGACAAAAUGAGGUUGCGGCCUGAGUUUGUAAAGACAUAUAUCUUCCCCGGUGGCUGCCUACCUUCUCUAGGCCGGAUUGUGUCUGCCAUGACAAAUGCAUCAAGGCUCAACAUUCAACACCUUGAGAAUAUUGGUGACCACUACUACACGACUCUAAUGAACUGGAGGGACAACUUCGCGGCAAACAGAGAAAAAGCUUCUGCCCUAGGAUUUGACGAAAAAUUCAUCUGUAUUUGGGAGUACUAUUUAGGUUAUUGUGCGGCUUUGUUCAAAUCGCGCAUUACUAUAGAUUACCAGAUAGUGUUUGCUCGGCCAGGCGAUUCAAAGCUACCAAGCUAUGUCGCCAUUGCAUAA